CAAAAAUGUUUCUGUAAGGGUUCAUGGCCAGGCUGUUCUGACCAAAUAAAGACAGGAGCUAAAAACGAGUGGAUAAAUUCAGGAAGAUUCUCACUGUUUGAUGACACCAAAUCAGCAGAGUUCAGUGUGAUGAUCAGAAAGCUCACUGUAGAGGACACUGGGACGUACCAGUGUAGAGUUUAUAUACCAUGGGGAAAUAACACUUACACACCUGUGGAACUGAAGGUAAAGGAAGAUCUGUUCUAUGAGAAGUCCAUCAGUAAGACUGUCCAUGUAGGAGGAGAUUUGACUGUCAGCUGUAAAUACCCAGAAUCCCUCAGGAGUAACCCCAAGUUUCUCUGCAAGACGAGCCUGAAUGAUUCCUCUUGUUCUUAUAAAGAAUCUGUUAAAGAAAGUAGAAAAGAUGUAAAUGAGGGGAAAUUCUGCCUGUAUGAUGUCAGAGCAAAACAAAUCCUUACUGUGAGUAUUAGAAAUGUAACUGAGCAGGACUCUGGUGAAUACUGGUGUGGAGCUGAAGCAGCCUGGACAUCUGAACAUGGAUACAAGGUUUAUUUCACACAGAUCAACCUGACAGUUACUGAUCCACAUGUCGCAGUUUCAGCCUCGAUACCAACACAACCUUCAUCAUCAUCAUCAUCAUCAUCAUCAUCAUCGUCAUCAUCUGAGCCUCCUCCAUCUUCUCUUCUAGCAGGAUUUCCAGUUUCCACUGUGAUCACUGUGUCUGUAAUUCUGCUGCUGCUUCAGAUUGGAAUCAUAUUCCUCUUUGUGAUUCUACAAAAGAAACACAAGAUUAGGGCAGGUAGACAUUCUGUCCAAGACUCACAAAAGGACCAAGUGUUUCCUCUUGAUGUCUGUGAGUACGAGGAAAUUAAAGACACCAGACGACUUUCUGCCUCAGACGCUGGAUCUUCUUCAGUUUAUGCUACUGUUCAACUACCCACAAUCCCCUCUGAUCCUUCUCAAACUGUUUAUGCCAACGUGGUGUUACACACAAGUUCCUGUGAGUCCAUUUAUUCUACGCCUCAACUUCCCAUAAACCCUCCUGAUCAGGACAUCUACUCCACAGCUCAGAUACCCACACGUCUCCCUGACUCUUCAGUUGGCUGAGAAAUCUGAUGAAGCGACAGUUUUCACUUAACACCACCAGCUCUAAUGAUACAGAUCCAAAGAUGAUCUUGUUUGACUAUGUUUCAGGCAGUCGUGUUCAUUCAUGAGGCUAGUUUCUCAUCAUUACGGCUCCAAGUACAUGGCACUGGAACUCUACUGCUUUGCUUAGACAUUCACUCAUUCAUUCAUUCAUUCAUUCAUUCAUUCAUUCUUCUUCUUCUUCUCCUUCUUCUGUUUUUCAAACAAUAUUCAAAGCAAUGACUGUAAUAUGGACUGUAACAUAUUUUUUUAGAUAAUUUUCAUGAUUUGCCAAGCCUAAGGAUUUUGUCUGCUCCUAGAAAAAAUUCCCCACCUCUGUUAGCUCCAGCUAAUAGCUGUGUUGUAUUUGUCAAUCACGUGUGCUGGUUAGACUAUUAGUCCACUCUCUAUCAGGACAGUCUGGGAAGGCCUGCUUGGUAAAUUCACCUCAUGUUUUAUCUCAUAUCUAACACACACACUGAUUCUGCUCGGUGUGCUCAUUUCUGCUGUUCUCCAGCUCGCUAUUUCAUAGUAGAGACUGCUAAAGUAAAGUAUGCUGCUUAAUCAGUUACAGGAGCACAGACAUAUGUGUUUUCCGUUUAUAUCUGAUAACAGAUAGUGUAGAUACUGUUGUUGCUAAGUAACAGAGAAUGUACUAAGUUAUUAUCAGAGCUCAUUAAUUAAACCAGUAAAUAAUAAUAUUAUUCAGUAUAUCGUAUGUCCAUAAUACUUUCACUAAAGGCUCCUCUAGAUGGCAGCAUUGAUCCUCAGACCGGUAGAGUUCACCUCUAUAAAGACCCAUGUUGUCUCACACAGAGUAAAAAAAAAAAAAAGAA